AUGCCUUCAAAGAGUACUCUUGACACUACAGGAUUCUGCCGGACUUUACAGGACACUCAGCGUUCAAAGUCCCCAAUCCACGAAGAAGACUCGGGGUUUCAGUAUGUCCGUACACGGCGCCCAGAAACCGGCCAAAAAGCGGGAUCCACGCGUCAUACAAAGGAAAACAGCACAGACGCCUCAUUGUCCGUAUGUAUGCGCGCAUUACCCGACACUCGGCCACCGUCCCAGCCAUUGCAUGCAUCACAUCUUUCUGCCGAUACUCUGCUCAAUUUUUCCACGCAUACAUCCCAUACAACCGACAGCUUUGUAGCGCUUCCGGUCUCAGAUACGCCGGUUAUUGAGAAAAAUAGAGAUCUUCGCCAACGGAGGCGCAGCAGCCUUGGAUUCCGUGGAAAACGGGCCAGUUCUAUCCUUUCCAACGGCCUAAUAGCUUUGCCGCAUCCAAGUAUUAGCCAUGAAAGCUUUUUUAAGCAUAUAUCGGAAGACCUGCCGGAGGCAGUAAGAAUGAAGCAAUUAUUGGUUUGGUGUGCAAAGCGGGCAUUAGAUGAUCAGAAAAUGUAUGAAACAGGGGGAAUAGAAGAAGGGAAAGAAGCAGUGUUGUUGGCACGGAAAAUUGGAGAGGAGAUUUUGAGUGAUUUGAUAGAAAACAGGCUUUCAGCAAGUUGGUAUUGUCGUGAAGAGGAAGGAAAUUUGGGGAAAGUAAAGCCGCACCCAAGAAAUGUAGAAAAUAGGAAGAAAAUAAAAGAGUUUGAAGCGAGAUUGAAAAAAUUGAAGGAGGAGAUUGAGCGGUGGAACCGACUUGAAGCGUCUUUUUUGUCAUGUCAUGGAGAAAAAAGUGAAGAAAAAAGUGAGGAAAGAAGGAAAGAAGAAGAAAAAGUAGAAGGGGACAAGGACAGCAUGGAGGGAGAAGGGGGGGACGAAAAUGUUUUGGAUAAGAUGGUAGAAGGGGCAUUUUUGCCCUCGAAAGAAGUUAAAUGGGUGCCGCCGGCAAAGCAUGCGGAAUUGAGGGGAUGGAUUGAGUCAGUGGAAGGGGGGCUGGAAUUUAAAGUUGACCAGCUGUAUCAUACGAUGUACUCGAUUGAAUCAUUUGGACAAGUGUCGAGCCAGUAUGCAGCACGGCUUUUGAGUCAUGUGGCAAAAGCGAUUGAAGAACGUAAACGGCAGGCCGAAAUCGAGACAGGGUCCAGUGGUACGAGUAUAAAAGACGUGCUUAGAGCGAUUACGAGACACGAGGGAUAA